GUUAAUUGGAAGUAUAAUGGAUGGUAGUAGAAGAUUGAAAUGAAGAGAAUAGAAUACACACCGUAAUUAAACUGUCCACAGAGAUCGUAUAGAAACAGAUAACAGGAAAAAAGAACGAAAUUCAAUAAACCAUGUCAAUUUUGUUUCAAACAACUACGUUAAUUGUUUAUAUGGUCUCGUUAUCAACUCAAAUUGAUAUAGGGCAUGCAUGGAAUAGUCAUCGCUGGAACCUAGAAAAAGAUGCACAACAACAAUAUCAAGAUGACAUUCAUCGUAUUGAUGAGGAUAACGAUGAUCAUGAUGAUGUUUAUAACGAUGAUAAUGAAUUUUUGUAUUUAUUUAACUCAAAUAAACAACCAUCCGAUUCAAUUAACUUUAAUCGUAAAGAAUUUUUAUAUCCAAAAAUUAGUUUACCGAUGUAUAUAGAUGAAGGUAUUGAUAAACUACAAGAAUCUACUUCUUCGACGCCUCCUACAGAUGAAAACAUUGACUAUUUAAAUCCAUUUUGGCCAAAUCUGAUUUAUUAUAGAAAUCCUUUAAAAAAACGUGAUAGGACUACUGAUCGGUUGAAUGAUAAUGCUCAACUCACUGAUAAUAGUAUGAUUGUAAAAAAAAUGCCAGAAACUGUAAAAUGGUCUACACCAAUUCAACCAGGCAAUUCAAAAGAUUUACGUAAAUUACGUAAUCUAGAUACAUUUAAUACGGAAGAAUAUAAACACCGAGAUGGAGCAGGACCAGAUGAUACACAUCAGGAACAUUCUAGAUCUUGGAUAAACGAAAGUGAGUUCAAUAAUUCAACCGUCAACGAACAAAGCGAUCGUCAAGGUCUGUACAAUCUAUUUGAAUAGAAAACAUUCAUGAACCUUAUUCUUCAAAGUAUUCUCACAAUCAUGACCAUCUUUUAGACUAUCCAUUGUAAAUAAAAUUUAAUGAGAUAUAAAAGAAAAUAUUUGAUUGUUUCAGUAUUCUAAUGGAACUGACUCAAGACUAAAAUAUCGUCACUUUGAAGCUACUGAGCAACUAGUAUUCUUAGUGUAGAAUAUUUACUCAUUAGUACAGUUACUGAACUGUAACAGGAUGUUAGAAACAUCACUUCACUAAUAAUAACAAUAAGUAUAACUCCUUUAUUAAUAUAUUAGUACUUAGCUUCAACAAAGAUGUAGAUUCUUUUUUUCGAAUAGCUGAAUUGUGGUUAAUAUUGAAAUUCAUAAUACUUUUCAAGUUCUAUUUAAGGCUCAUCAGAUGGAUGAACCUGAAUCUAAUUGUUAAUGUUCACAUUAGAACUCGGAGCCAGUACCGUUUUACUUCAAACACCGACAAGUUAUCAGCAAAACUACUGAAUACAGAUACACGGCACUCUGUUCAGUAAGCGUUUGAAUUAUCUUAUAUUAUACAGUAUACAUAUAUAUAAACAAAGACUGAUCAAAAAUUCAUUCCUGAGUGUCCAUAAUGAGAUGAUUCACACCCUUUCUUGUGAUUGUAUAUAUAUGGUUAUAUUACGGAUCUGCUAAUCAGUAUCAUGUCCUAUUCACUAUUCAGAACUCUAAUUCUGAUCCUGUCUAUGAAAUGCAUACUAUUUCUUCUUUAACCUAUCGUCUCAAACAUGAACGAUCAUAUACCUGACUAGCAUAGCUGACCUUGAGUCGAUGAAGCUAAGUUCCUAUUAGUUCGCUAUUCUCAAGUCUUUCUCAAUGCCCUAACAUGAGUUUGGAAAGUUAGCAACCAGCUUCUUUAAUUACUAUAUUUUGAACAUAGGAAGGUUUAUAUCCAAACACACUGGACUGCAUUGCAUCAUGAAACGAAAAAUAACAUUAUUCAUAAACGAGUCUAAGGUGAAUGUAAAUAAAGGAAGCUGAAGGUGAUAAAUUGGCAGUAAAAUAAGAAUAAUAAGUGAUAUAAUAAAAGUAGGUAGAUUAGACAGAAGCUUAAGGUAAACAGAAAAUAUAAACAUAGUAAUCCAGUUACGUAACAAUUAUACAAUAAGAGUAUAGUAUUUUUCAUAGUUGAAAUCAUGAGUCAAUUGAAGCUAAACCACCUAUGGGAAACCUGGAAACACUAGACGGCCGUUUCGUCCUAUUUUGUGACUCCUCAGCAGUGCAAAUCCAUGAUCCCGCCUAACGAGAUCCGAACCCGGAACGGUAGCUUAAUUUCGUAGACUGAAUGAAGUCAGAUAUUAACACCGUUGGAUGUCGACCGGCUCACUGGUCUAAUGGUUAAGCGCUCGCACGCGAGACAGAUAGGUCAUGGGUUCGAAUCUUGUAGGGCGAAAUCGUGGAUGCUCACUGCCACUGAGCAGUCCUACAAUAAGAUGAAACGGCCGUCCACUGCUUCCAGGUUUUCUAUGGUGGUCUAGCUUCAA